UGUUUGGCUAUCAGGAUGUUACGGGGAGCGGGGCUUCGUUCCAGUAGUGCUCUUACGCACGACGUCAUACGUCACGUCCGGAAACACAAGAUGGCGGCGGCCUUUCGGAGGGUAUGGAGCAGCGGCAGAGUUUUCUCUCAGAGCUGCAGACGCUUCAGCACAGGACGUGGGCUUCUGCCAGGCCCCCGGCCCCUGCCCUUCCUAUUGGUGACUGGUGGUGGUUACCUUGGUUACAAGCAGUACCAGAAGUGGGGCCAGGGGGAGGAUGGAGCCCCGCCCCCUGUGGCUACACCCACACAGGUGGCAUUGUACCGUUCCUUCCCUACUCGACUCCUCUCUCGGGCGUGGGGUCGUCUGAAUGGGGUGGAGCUCCCCACUUGGCUUCGGAAACCCAUCUACUCCCUGUAUAUCUGGACCUUUGGCGUGAACAUGCAGGAGGCAGCAGUGGAGGAUUUACAUCAUUACAGAAAUCUAGGAGAAUUUUUCAGGCGACGCCUUAAACCUGCAGUCCGACCACUCUGCGCCUCCUCCUGCCUGACCUCUCCGGCUGAUGGAAGGAUCCUCCACUUUGGUCGCGUAAAGAACUCAGAGGUGGAGCAGGUGAAGGGGGUCACCUACAGUCUGGAACAUUUCCUCGGACCACAGAAGAGGCGGUGCAAAGACUCCUCGUCGUCCUCCUCCUUCAGGGACGACCUCCUCUCGUCUCCCGACAGCGACCUUUUCCACGUUGUCAUUUACCUGGCUCCAGGUGACUACCACUGCUUCCAUUCGCCCACAGACUGGAGGGUGGAGCUUCGGCGUCACUUUCCAGGCUCGUUAAUGUCGGUGAACCCAGGCGUUGCUCGUUGGAUCAAAGAGCUCUUUUGCCUUAACGAGCGUGUGGUUCUCACCGGCCAAUGGCAGCAAGGCUUCUUCUCAUUAACGGCGGUCGGUGCCACGAACGUCGGUUCAAUCAGAAUUUACUUUGACCAGGAGCUUCAGACCAACACACCUCGUUACAGUAAAGGCUCCUUUCAUGAUCACAGCUACAUUGCUGACCAGACGGUGAAGUUUGCUGGUGAAGGGGGCGUGGCCUUACAGAAGGGAGAGUCGGUCGGGGAGUUUAACCUGGGCUCCACCAUCGUUCUGCUUUUCGAGGCCCCCAAAGACUUCAGCUUCAACCUGCAGCCUGGCCAACGAAUCAGAGUGGGAGAAGGCCUCGGCAGCCUGUAAUUGGAUGACUUACAGGCUCAGGGGGCAGGGCCGGAUCAGAGACAGAUUUUAAGAGAGGAGUUUUAGGAAUUCUGGGUAUUUUUCUCUGCGGAGUACUCGAAAUAGAUGCUUAUCACAACAAGCACACAGACUCCCAGAAUGCCUUGUGCCCGUGAGCGGGAAAUGCCAAACCCCUCCCUCUCUGUCCCUCUCACUCAGAGACUCGACCAGCAGCUGAACACAUUCCUGUUUGAAUGUUUCAAACUUUAUUGCUCACAGGUUUUUGUUAGCAUCAGCUAGCUCACAUCUGAUUGGAGGCCAGUGAUUGGUUGAAGGGUUAUUAUUACUAAUUUGUCUCAUUAAUCUUGGUUUUUUUUGUUGUUUUUUUUGUGGGAUUUAAAUGUGACACCUCCUCCAUUUUCUCUGCUUUUGUAAAAGAUCUAAUUAUGAAUAAAGUUUUUUUUUCUUUUUAAA